AGCGCCGCCACGAGAGACGCAACGGCUGAUCGUCAGCUUUGAUGGUAUGUUGCACCUCUGCUUUCGUAUUGGUGCUGUAUAGCUUUGAUAUGCCUGCGUGUUUCCACAAUUUAAGAAAGGAAAGCGUUGUCACCUUCUUUAAUGCACGAACACACACACCUACAUACACACACACACACACACACACACACAAAACCGCCUCUUCAGGUCCGUCUUCGUCAUGAUACCGAAGGGCUGUGUUGUUGAGGGUUACCGCGACCUCUUCACACCGGCCGCCGUGCGGGCCUACCGCCACUACGGCUUCGUGCUCGUGGAAAAUUUUUUGCCACUCGACUCGCUGCGGCAGCUCUCCUCGCUGUGCAACGACGUCGCACGUCGCAGAGGCGAAGCCGUGUUUCCUGGGAUAGACCCCGAGCACCAGCGCGGCGCGAGCUUCGGCUUUCGUGCGACCGCGCAGCCGACGCCACAGCCAGGGGCCGCUGAAACCGCCGCCUCGCAGUCGCCAAGUGCGCGUGUGACGACCGAGCUCGGCUUCGGCAGCGGCCCAAUACCCGCGGACUUGGAGCAGAAGGCGGCGAAGGCAGACCGCCAGCGCACCUUUGACUCCCGCACCGUGAAGGUGCACGUAAAGCUGAAGAACCAGCGGGCGGUGGACCGCGCUUUCAGUCGUCUCACGAGGAUGCGAAACCUCUACAACACGUACAGGGAUAUCCACCAGCACGUAGGGCGGGAGGAGGAGCUCUCCGGUGAGUUGUCGGAGGAGCGCAUCAGCGAGGUGCGCGACAAGGUCACCUACGACGACCUCAGAAAAAGCUUUCGCACCUAUCGCGACAGCGGGAAGCUAGAGGCGGAGCUUCGCCGCGACCAUCACGUGAACGAGGUGAUGCGGUUUAUGCAGAACUGGCCGCGCACGUGGUGUUUGCUGUCGCAGUCGUCACCGGAGCUGAAGGCGUUGGCCCUCUCGAUGGAGGGGGCGGUAGGCAAGCGCGUUGGUGAGGCGGCCGGGCAGCUGUCUGGCGAGGUUCUCCUGCGAGUGUACAUCGACAGCGCGGUGCAGGACUCGCCGCUGACGAACGCCAUGCCGCUGGGCUUCGCCGGGCUUGGAACGAACUUUGCGCAUCCGCAGGCGCUCUCUGUGCAGCUGGGGCUGGCCGCUCCUGCGAGUGCGACGACGACGGGGGCGGCGACGGCCACCCAGGCGGUCAUGCCCGGCUCGCACCACGUAAUUCGCCGCAUCGCGCACGACGGGCGGGAGCUGGGCCGAUUUCUCUCGGGCGGCAUUUUCGAUCACGGCUCCGUCGUGCGCCACCUGCCUGAGCUGGCGCAUCUGCCCGUGGCGGAGGUGCCUCCGCUGGCCCCCGGCGCGGCGCUCUUCCUCAACAAUUAUGUGGUGACGGGGAUGCAGCCGACGUUGGAGGGCGCGGCGCAGCAAGCCGCGAGAACAGUGGCGAUGACCCCGUUUGCGCAGGUGACGAACUACACCCUGGCGCUGAUGCCGGACCGCUGCGUCUUCGAUGGGCAGCGCAACUCCUGGGUCUCGCGCGACACACACGGCCCGCUCUACACCUGCAAAGCCGGCGACUUGCUGACGGACAAUGCGAAGUUCCCCGUCAUUCACAGAGCACUCGACAUCGAGUAA